GUGAAAUCACCAGUCAACGAAGAACGACACUGUCAAUAACACCGCAGCCUGUAUGCUUUCUGUAAAGUGUAUGUAUUCUGCCGGCCCGGGGGAUUAGCCAGCAGCUGUAACAACGAAGUUCGGCUAUGCAUACAUUCAAAGGCAGUGUAAAGAAUCACUUGGGGAUUUGUACAAUGCAGUGAACCAAAUGGGUCAUUGCAGUGCCCAAUUCAUUUUCCUCUUGCUGCUGAAGAUCUUGCAGUCCUCGGCUAAAGAUGAGCUUAUUGAGUGUGUGUGCGUGGGCACAACAGAACAGUGCAGUCUGGAGGAGCGGUGCAGUGGAGACCAGUGCUACUCCUCCGUCAUCGUGAAUGGAGAUGUGAUUUCAUUCUCGCGUGGCUGCCUGAAAGGGCCUGAGCAGAAACGGAUGAUCUGCUCCACAGCGCCCUCUGCCAAAUAUGCGAUGAAGUGCUGCUCGGAACCCAUGUGCAACUCCAACGCCUCCAUUGAGUCUCUUUUAGAUCUGCUGCUUCCCAGUGGAGUUCCCAGAACAGUGGCUGGCCAAGGAGGGGAACCGCUGCAGUACAGAGUGGAGACACUGGCGUUGUUUGUGCUGGGACCCAUGGUGGUGCUGGCACUCCUCUCCCUCCUGGCUGUGCUGGUGUGUCGCAGGCUCCAUCACGGCCGUCUGGAGAGACUGCAUGAGUUUGACACAGAGCAGGGCGCCAUCGACGGCCUCAUUGCAUCCAACGUGGGAGACAGCACUCUGGCGGAUCUGCUUGAUCACUCGUGCACGUCAGGCAGCGGUUCGGGACUUCCGUUCCUGGUCCAGAGGACCGUGGCUCGCCAGAUCAGUCUGGUGGAGUGUGUGGGUAAAGGGCGAUAUGGAGAAGUGUGGAGAGGACAGUGGCAGGGGGAAAACGUGGCUGUGAAGAUCUUCUCCUCCAGGGAUGAGAAAUCUUGGUUUCGGGAAACAGAGAUUUAUAACACAGUUCUGUUGCGACACGAAAACAUAUUGGGGUUCAUGGCGUCGGACAUGACGUCUCGGAAUUCCAGCACACAGCUCUGGCUCAUCACCCACUACCACGAGAACGGCUCACUCUACGAUUACCUGCAGCGCGUCGCCGUGGAGAUGGUAGACGGCCUUCACAUGGCGGCGUCAGUCGCCAGUGGACUGGUCCACCUGCACACGGAGAUCUUUGGCACCGAGGGCAAGCCAGCCAUCGCACACAGAGACUUAAAGAGCAAGAACAUCCUGGUCAAGAAGGAUCUUCGCUGCUGCAUCGCUGACUUAGGUCUGGCUGUCACUCACUCUCAGACUGAUAAUCAGCUGGAUGUGGGGAAUAACCCUAAAGUGGGCACCAAACGCUACAUGGCUCCAGAGGUGCUGGAUGAGUCCAUGCAGACAGACUGUUUUGAUGCCUAUAAGAGAGUCGACAUCUGGGCCUUUGGACUGGUGCUGUGGGAAAUUGCACGUCGCACCUACAGCAAUGGAAUCGUGGAGGAGUACAAACCGCCGUUUUACGACCUAGUGCCCAACGAUCCCAGCUUUGAAGACAUGCGCAAAGUGGUGUGUGUGGAGCAGCAGAGACCUUUCAUCCCCAAUCGAUGGUUUUCUGAUCCUACUCUGUCAGCCCUGGUGAAGCUGAUGAAGGAAUGCUGGUACCAGAACCCAUCUGCACGUCUCACCGCCCUGCGCAUCAAAAAGACUCUAGACAAGAUCCACAACACACUGGAGAAAGGCAAGACAGACUGCUGAGGCUGUGUGGUGCCGUCACCAGGAGGCAGAGGGAGAAGAAGGAGGAUAGGAACACUGUUGGACCCACUAACAUUAUUACCUUUACUCACUCAGCUGAACGACUCGCCGCUUUCCGCGUGGGUACGAGAACCAGGACCUCGAAAAAAGCCAGCUCGCGCCUCGACUUUGUAACGCGGGCUUUUUUUUUCCGUUUUGGGUUUGACGAGCGAAAAGAAUAUUUUCUAUCUACGUUGUGUUCUUUUCUGCCUUCCUGAAACACGUUUACUGCAGCUGUCACUUGUUCCCCUCCUCAAUGGCUGUUAAACUACUGGAACUCAUGUGCCAUGUUCGUGGCUUGUCAAGG